UGGCGCAAUACCUCUUCUGAGCACUUGCGUAUACGGACCGAAAAGAAAAGAAAAAAGCACCCCCUAAACGAUAAAGGAAACAAAAGCAUUAGCACUUGGGGAACUGAAUUGUCUCAUAAUACCAUAAUAUUAUAAAGCCAUUAAAAAAUUUAUAUAGAGGAGAACAUGCCGUUUAACCAACACCACCACCACCGGCCUUCCGCCUUCGCAGCCGGCGAACCCCCGGACAACCAGCUACCCAGCAACCCGAUGGACGCGGAGUUUUCCAUAGCGCCGGCGCCCAUGGAUUCGGUUUUCCCGCAGAGGUCCGCCUCGAGCUGCUCGUCGUCGCCCAUGGACGUCUCCUUCCCGGACCCGUUCCCCAGCGAAUGCAGCACGGCGGCACCCCUGAGCCCCGUCCUCAGCCCUACGACCACUACCAGUAGUACUGCUAUUACUACUACUGCUUUUCCAACAACGGCGGCAAGCACCUUCGCCAGCGCGGCGACAUCCACAUGGACAUCCUCCUCCCCACCCCAACCGGCAGCGGCCCGACUCCCGCAGCCCUGCCAGGCCUUCUCGGCCCACCGGCGGCAGCGGCAACAGCCGGACAACCCGCUCCUGGCCAAGAAGCUGCGGGAGAUGGCGCUGCCGCUGGCGCCGCUGGUGCAGCUGACGACGGGGCGGGUGCACCCUGCGUUCCCGGGGACGCUGCUGGGGUUCUGGCUGCUGACCGAGGGGGAGCUGGAGGGGCUGGCGCACUUCUACCACCAGCGGACGCCGUGCCGCUGGACCAGCCACUACCCGUGCCCCGUGGCCUGGGACCCGGCCGCCGGGACCGAGGAGAAGCGCCGCCGCAUCGGCCGCUUCAUCGGGCUCAGGGGCUGCGAGACGCCGCCGCCGCCCGUGGCCCAGAGCACCGAGGAGGAGAUACUCGACGAGGCCAGGAGGGCCAGGAAGAGGGAGGAGGAGGAGGAGGUCUGGAGGAGGAAGCUGCCUUGGUACUGA